AUGCUUUUUCAGCCGAAUGUGAGCGCUCUACCGAGCUACUGUUGUGCGAUCACCUAUCCUGAACGGUACUUUUGCUUUUCAGAGAGGUCAGUUCGAAAGGUGUGCCACGUUGAUGACCAACGAAUUCUUGAGUCACGGAGGUUAUGGGCAUCUCUGUUCGCUGCAGUUAGCUCUGGAGAGACUGAGAUGGCGGAGAAAGUGCGCAGUCAACUGGAACACACGUAUAACGUAGCGAACGCCGCUCCGAAACUCUACUUUAAAGUGAUGACUGACGGCAGAUGGCCAUAUUUUUUCAUUACGUUGACGACCUACUUUAUUUUGCCCUCGCAGCGUUCCUUCGCGCGAUAUCCCGGGCUUCGUUUUUCACGUGAAUGUGCGUCGUUUGCCGCUGACCGAUUAACCGCGCCCAUACUCAUCGUACUCGUUCGAAGGUACGUUACGAUGCCAGACCGAAAACCGAUGUGUACAAAGAUCCGGGAUAUGGACUUUUACGGCAUCGGCGAUGACCAUUUGCUGUCCGAUGUUCAAUCUGCUCGUUGCGUCAAUGGAAGUGACGAACCAUCGCUGCUGUUCGAACCGUUCGUACGAAGUCAGCGUCGCAAGGUCAUUCCUUUGAUGCCGUAUUUUCAUAAGCUCUUGAACUCCUUCUACAAGUUCCGUGACGAGGUCGAAAUCAAAGUGCACGAUUUUAACCGAUACGUGACCAAGGAAGACAACACACUGAUACCAAAGUCGAUCGUGGUUGGCUUGGGCGGCAUGGGCGGUUUCCUGAUGGGUGCUCGCAAAGGGGGGUUACUGACACGAAUUUCUUAUACGCUGUUGGCAUCAAGCGUCAUGUACUCAUUCUGUUUUCCGAAUGAGACGCUGGAGCUGAUCAACUUACUGUCUGUGCACGCGAAGCUUACCUGGAAAGAAUUUGUAGGAAGACUUUCAGCAAUAUGGGAAGAUCUCGUUAGAACUGACAUGGCGUUGAAAGCAAUGAAGAGUGACCAUGCAUUUAUUCGAUCCAAGUGGAGUGCUUCGACGGCACCGGCGUCAUCUUUGAUGCAGUGGGACGAUGCUUUCGUAUCCAGGUCCAAGGCAACUCAGAAAAAGAAUGCAGCGACCGGCAAAAGCGAUCAAGAGCCGUGUGAAAAGGCGAAGUCGAAAUCGGACGAGAUAAAAAUUCGGGUCGGCCAUAAACAACGCACGCCUCCUCAUCAAUAA